UCAAAUCCUCCCUAAACUACCUGUUACUGACAAGUGCAGGUUAAUUCUCUGUUAGUUCCCUCUGCAAGAAACGAAAUAUCAAGAGUCAUUUGGGAUUGUUUUUAACAUUUUUAUUUGGUUUCGUUUGUCUAUUCCUGAUUUCUUUCUUCGGUCAAAUAAGAUUAAACUUCACUUUUUAGGUCCUCUGAACAAAUCUUCAGGUUAUAUUGUUUUCAACAAUGGAACAGCUGGCAGCUCAGAUUCAAGAGAAGGCCGUAGAUUCGCAACAACAAUUACGAUCGAUAUUGUUGCAGGUGACGGCAAAAGAACGCUCUUUAAAAAUUAAGGAAUUGGCAAAGAAAGAAUUGAACGGUGUUGGAAAAGAUGCCGCUGUCUAUGGUGGUGUUGGAAAAAUGUUUAUUCGUACAGAUUUGGACUCGGUUCGGAAAACUAUAGAUGAGGAAAUUGCCGGUUUACAAAAAGACAUUGAUUCUUUACGAAAGAAAAAAGAGUACCACGAAACUACUACACUGAAUGCCAAUGCUCAUCUCCAAAAAAUGAAAGAAUCUGCCGUUUAACAGCAAGUUUUGAGUCUAUGUGUUUGCGCUGAAGGAUUUCCAUUUUUUUAAUUUAACUUCGCGUCGCGUUUUGUUCGCGUCAUGCAAGAACAAACUAUGUGACUGUUUCUUUACUUCUUAUACAAAUGUUCAAAAUGGAUUUAUUUAGAUCCAAAUACUUUAUGAACAGAAGGAUUAGAUUCGUUUAGAGUUUGUUAAUAUUCAUUUAUGUACAGAGUUGAAUGAGAAGUUUCUUUUUUGUAUGUAAAA